AUGCGGCAGCUAUGGAUCGCCGUCCUGCCCGCUGCUGCAAUUCUGUUCCUGACGGUUCCGGGCACAUUUACAUUGGGAGCUGACGAUGUCGGUGGCCAAAACAGCCAGUCCCUUGCAGGGCGCUUUGAAAGUUCUUCACAAGUUCCCAGUGCAUCGCCAAGCAAAGGGACUCCUCUGCAGAGCGAAAACUCAAGCGAAAGCAGCGACCCGUGGGGAUUUAUCGCGCCCCUGAUGCCCGCAGUGCGGGCCAUCGGCGACAUGUUCAAGCCGAUUAUCGACGCGAGCGGCAUCGAACGAGAAAUCGGAGAUAUCGUGGCGGCUUUAAACGAGACUUCACAGAACCCUUUUUUCCUCUUUGGCUUCGACGAUACUCCUCCAGAGGCCACAUCACACCCGAGCCGUCAUGGCAAAGUGCAGCGGCAGCAGUUGGGCGGUGGGAAAAGCCCACAGACGAAGCCUUCACAACCCAAGCAGAAAGGUUCGUCUAUGCUGCCCUUCCGUGGCCUUUUCAGUCCGGACGAGGGCUCCUCAGAAACACCUCCAGGGUCGGUGGAUGGCACCCAACCGCAUAAAGCGUCGGAGAAGGAGCAUUCAGGGCAUUCUGAGGAAGAAGACGGUUUGUGGAGGCAGUGGGCGGCCGAGGAUCUCGACCUGCUGUAA